AUUAAACAAAAGACUACUUGAAAUUAUUGAAGACCUGAUAGCUUUUCUUGUUUUGAAGAAAAUAAUUUUAUUACAAAAAGACGAAGUAAAAUGAAAAUGUUCACUAUUACAGUAAAACAGUUUCAACCAUGGUUUUUGGCUCUACAUUGUCAGGAAGUAGGAGGAAAGAAUAAUGAAGACUCUAUGAGACAUGUUGAAGAUUUUGUAAGAAUGUUAAUGGCUAGUGAGGAAUUAAUGAAUUAUGGUCAAGUCAGAGUUUAUUUGGAUGAAGAUUUCACUUGUACAGAAAAAUUUACAGCUUUAGGUAGCCUUUACUUUAUCCAUAACAAUGUCAAAAAUGUGGAAAUUUGGGAUUUCAAAGAACAUACAUUUUUACCUGUGGAAGGAAAAGAAGUACAUUCAGGUAACAUUGAAAGGGUUACAACAAAAGAGAAGGCUAAAUUUCCUCAAGAAUUUUUUCCUGAAUGCAAAUGGUCAAGAAAAGGCUUUAUAAGAACAAGAUGGAAUAUAAAUGGAACCAUAUUUGACCUCGUCAACAUUCAUCUGUUCCAUGAUGCUUCAAAUUUUGUUUCGGUAGAAGCAUUUCCAUCAGCUUAUACUAGAAAGAGACAACAUGCUCUAGAAUAUAUAUUGAAAAGAUUUCAAACAGAUGAAUAUGAUAAAGUUCCUUUUUUCAUAUUUGGUGACUUUAAUUUUAGGCUCGAUACUCCAAGUGUUAUUCAGACAAUAACUAAUCAGGCAACACCAAUUCACAUAAAGAGUGCCAAAAAUGGUGAAAUUGUUAAAAUGCUAUAUAGGGAUCCUGUUAAUGAAAACAAAGUAGUAUUAACAUUAGAAAAAAAGGUAUUUGAUCUGGAAAAUCAUGAAGAAACAUUUUUAAAAAAUAAUGGAAAAUGGUUAAGAGAUUUUGAUAAGGAACCUCAAACGUUUGAAAAUGAAUUAUAUGAAUUUGAAAUUAGUUUUCCACCCAGCUAUCCUUUCAUGGAAGAUGCUAGCGGUGCAAACUGUUACAUGAGAACUCGUUGCCCGUCCUGGUGUGAUCGCAUCUUGUUUAGUAAGUCAGCAAAAUCUCUUGUUAACAUGAACCACGAUGAAAAUAAUCAACCGCAAGUUCGGUAUCAGUUAGUAGGAUCGAAUGUUGCCAUGGGUGACCAUAAACCAGUCCUAUUAUGGUUUAGACUCCUGCCCGCAACAGAAGUUGCCCACCGCCAUUUUUCAUCCGCAUCAUCGCCCCAUCUACUCUCGUGCGACAGCUUAAAUCUGACGCUUCCUCGAAUCAGUCUGACGGUUCCGACCAGUCCGGACUCCGCCACCUUCACCAGAUACAUUCACGUCAAGUAUCCCGGUUCUCCCGUUCGCAUAUUCCGCGAGACGACGGUGUAGCGACCUUUCGGGUUCGUCGUCCAAGUGGUCAUUUCCCCACGAUUGUUCGAAAAAACCCCGGCAGAGCCCCGUUUCCGUCGGAGGGCCGACGCCCCCUGCCGGUCUCUUUGUAUAAUUAUACAUAAGAAACAGUAUUUCGUUCCCGUUUCCGCUUCCGGAAAUCAGGGAAACUUCCUUCGUCGCCUCUAGUAUUAUUCGGUGUCCUCCGUGCCAUAAUAAUAAUAAUAAUAAUAAUAUGCCAAAAAUUAUCGUUCGAUAAUUAUCUGCAGCAUUAUGUAAGUAGCGGACCGGGGAAGAAAACCGUCGGUAAAUAGGUCGGCCGGGUGGGAAAGAUUUUCCAACGGGCCCGGUCCCGUAGAAAUUAGACCGGUGAUCCGGUCCGAGGAAAAAGCGGAAGUAAUUAGGGAAAAAACCCUAAUGGGACCGAGGAGCGAAGGAAAUUCGGGUGCGCGACUAGUCAGAUUUCGGCCGGAGCCAAACCAACCCCGGGUUUCUGGUAAACUUCUUUACGCCCGACGAAAACGGCGUAAACUUCCGCCAUUUCGGAUUUAAAAGGCACGUUCGUUUCCGGUCUUUCUAAAUUCGGAACGGGUAGAAAGGAAAUUGUCCGGGAAAGCCGAAGUACCGUUAAAUGCGCGGUAGAAAAACAGGUCCGUGUGAAAAUUAGGCAGAUUUUAAAUCCUAGUCCGAUGGUACCCCUCCCUCCCUCUACGCUUUGGCACCCGGUCCGAAAUAAUUCCGUACCCGAGUUCGGAAAUAGAAAAACGAUUUAAAGUAUUUUAAUUUAAAGGAAAUUCCUAUUUAUUGGGAAGUAGAGCGGCUUUAAGGUAAAGUUGGCAGAAAUCCUUUUUUCGUUCGUCGAUUUAAUCCUAGCGAGUUGUGAAAACAUAACGAGAAUACAGGCGGGGCCUUACUUUGCCCUUCCGCCGAUCGUUCCUACCGGUUUGGUGCCCCAAUCAAAAACCGUAGCUGGUAAAACCAAGUUAUUAUAGCUUAAAGUUUAAAGAUUUUAAUAAUAAUAAUAAUAAUAAUAUAUGUAUGUAUACAUAUAUAAACCGCGUUAAAGAAUCGUUGGCCGCAUAUUUAUUGUUUUAAAAAAUAAUUUUUCUAUUGUAUCCUCGUUCCAUUUUACGAGUGUUAUGAAAUUUCAAAGUGUUUAUUCCCCCAUUCGUCGUAUCCGAUGUACGAAAUGCCGAAUAUUUCCACGUAUCGUUACGUUCUCCGUCGUCCUAAUAAAAAAAAAUGGCGCGGAGGCAGAUUACUCGACCCCGUCCGAAUCUACGAAAAUUUACUCUCUGAUAAGAAAUUCCUUAAAUAAUUACGACCUUUACGUCGUCGGUCUGUGGGAGGCGGAGAGGAGUAACGGAUGGGUAAUUCCCAUUCGUAGUUUCGACUUUACUAUUAAAACGGGUGGAGUGGGAAAUUUUUACGUAAUAAUCGAAAAAAUGGCGUUUGGCCGAGACCGGGUGACGUAAAUAUCUUCCGGUAAUCCGAAAGGGGUUGGAGAAACGACUGCCAAACUUUCGGUUUUAGUAUUUGGAGCGGAGAGAAUUUCCGCGGAAUUGGAAAAGUCAAACGUAACGGGUGAAAUAUGGUAAGGAUUUUGCGCCGCGAGUGGUGGUACGUAACGGAUAAGAUUUAAGAUUUCCUCACUACUUACGUUAAAUUUAAAAGUCCGGAUUCGGAAUCCGUAAAUUUCCGUCUGGGGGCGUCGGAGUAAAAGGAAAAACGGAAAAGAAACGGAACGGAACGGACUUACAUCAUGCUGCUGCCGUUAUCGCUUUCCCUCCCCGCCUAUUCGUAUCUUUGAAAUUUAUAAGUGUGUUUCUGUCGUCGUGUCGUCGUUUAUCCAACUGUACAGAUCGUGUUUAUAAUUAUGUAAAUAGCGUCGGAUACGCAUUACUUAAUCGGUAGUUUCCGCCGUGCCCGUGCCAUAUUUCGGUUUCUUUUAAUAUUUUUUAUUUAUAUUUUUUUUGCCCUUCGUUUCGUCGUCACUCUUCCGUUCUCCUCCGGAAACGGAAUUAUUUUUGGUUUUAUUCCGCGUGGUAACCCGUGUAAAUAUCGUUUGACACCGGUCCCUUUUAGUCCUUCGGAUGCGACCGACGACCUAAAAUGCGACCUUUUCCAAUUUCCAUCCCUCCUCCCUUCAGCCGCCGUCGGAUUUUGGGCCGUCGGUACAAGUUUCGGUAUAUUUGGUUUGGCCUUUCUUUCCCGGAAGUUUGCGUGGAAUCGUCUGUUCCGUUUCACCCUUUAAAUCGGAGUUCAAACGCAAUAUCUAGUUGUUGUCGGUGAGAAAUUCGGCCUAAGUGCUUUUGUAAACAUUUAUACAUAACUGUGCCAAGUUGCAAAAUGACUGUGAUCUAUCUUCCUCCCGUGUGGCAUGCACUAUAUUUAUCCGUAUUACCGUAUACGUGUGAAUUAUUCUUAUUGUGGAAAAAGUUAGAGUUUUGCAUUCUUAGAGGAAAUUGCUGUUUUAGAGAUUGUAAAUAUUCGAUUAUCUAGUCCCUAUUUUAUAAUGUUACCGAAUCGAGCAGCUGUAGAAUAAUAUAUUUAAUCGUGUGUUAACGACGAAACACAAGUAAUUACGUAAGAAAAUAGAUAGCUUGGUGACUAUAUGUAGCAUUCGCAGUUGUUGAUCUGUACUUAUGUUCCAGAAAUAUGUAAAAAUAAAAAUUUAAUGAAGCACGUUAA